UCAGUCUGUGGCACUAAUUUUUCCGUAUUUUGGUUGUACGUUGGAGAGCUUCUAAAGAAAAUUUUCUGCAAUCCACAUAAUCAAUAUAAAAAUUGUUCUAAUAAUUGUAUUGAAACGAGUGUAGUACAAUUUCGAACAAGCCAACAAAUGUAUCACGCUGGAUUGGACGCAUCAGCCGUCUGUCUAGCAGGACCAGCAGCAGCAUUCGCAGUAGGUAGGUAGUGAAACGACUGGAACACCCACUGAGAUAUGGCUACGUUCUCAACGCUGAUUGGACCACUGCUGUUGCUGCUGGUGGGAACCAUCCUUCUGGGUGGUUCGAUACCGGUUAGAGCUGAUACGGUCGUCGAUACCACAGCCGACGAACCGCCGCAACCGAUCGUGGAAAAACUUCCCUUCUGCGACGAGGAUGUACAAAGCGACCGCGAUAUUAGCGACAGAUUGCUCUACGUAACGACCCUGGACGGCCGCUUAUCAGCCCUUGACCUGACCAAUGGAGGUGCAUUGCAGUGGAGUGUCGAAACCGGUCCGGGACCUCUGCUGUCGUCCAGCAUUCAUCGGCUGGAACUAACGAACAAUGGAAAAUGGGUUCGCAUGAUCCCGUCGCUGAAUGGAGGCCUUUAUAAGUUCGACGGCGAAACGGUCGAACCGAUUCCUUUCAGUGCGGAAGAUUUACUGAAAUCGUCGUUCAAGUUUUCCGACGACCUGGUCAUAUCCGGGGGUAAGGAGACCCGAUCGUACGGAAUAUCCAGCCGAACCGGGCAGAUUAUUUACGAAUGCACGAUGAGCGGUUGUCGGAAUAGUACCGAAAUUAUGCAAGACGACGCUGGGAAGAAUGGACCGAUGGAAGAAGUAUUACCACACGAUCCGCUGCAAGAUGAUGUGGUUGUUAUUCGUCGUCAGACGCAAACGGUUCGGGCGGUCGAGUCUCGUACGGGUAAUGAACGAUGGAAUUUUAGUAUCGGACAUCACGAAUUGGAGAUGUUGAAAAACGAAGACUGUCGAGGAGGGUCCUUGGACACGUCAUUGGAUCCAAAAAUUUUGGAUUUGGAGUUGAAAGUCAUUAUUCCGGAUGGAGUUGUGUGUGCCGUCAGUCGAUCAACACCGGGAAAGAUUCUGUGGAAAUACACCUUUGAUCACCCGGUAGUGAGUGCUUGGCGUGCGAAAGACAAGAAUGAUAUUAUGAGCGUAAACUUGUUUCACGGAGCGGAUUGGAUUUGGAAUGGCAAUCAGAAGCAACAACAGCAGCCACAAGGUCAAGACAAAUCAGCUCCUACAGGAGCAGAGUUUAGACAAAAUAGCAUGAUCAACCCGUCGCUUUAUUUGGGAAUGCAUCAGAAGCAAUUGUACAUUCAGGAAUCCGGCACACUUUUAGCUCGCCGUCAGCCGGUGGAUGUGCAAACAAUUUUGGUCAACGAUGAUACCAAGUAUCCGAUGAUUCCUUGGAAGCCAUACCCGGCAAGGCCGGAAGUUGCUGGUUACAUCACAGAUGGGAGUGAAAAGGCGGAAACGGAAGAUUCCGAAUAUGCCGAAUCAACGGCAAUCGCACGGUCGGUUUUGUACCAAUCGGCGUACGUUAAUGGAGACGGAUUUUUCCUCUAUACACCAGAGGAUUUGAAGCAAAAAGACAACGGGUUAUGCUCGAACAGCACUGAUUCGCCGGAGGCAGGAGGAUUGCGAAACCAAAGUUCCAUUUUCGAUUUUACGAUGGAUCCGGACGCUCCGGUUAAAAUUAUUAUUAUAUCCAUUUGGUUUUGGUGGAAGGAAAUUUUAAUUAUUUCCGCCACAACAGCGUUUCUUCUGAAUGUAAUACUGAGAUUUAAGAACGAAAAAGAGGUAGUGGUCUUUGUCGAACGGCAGGUCGAAGUUCCCGUUCCAAUAGCGUUGGAAGCGACAGAGGACAACAUAACACCUUUGGCUGCGUUGCGAGGCGUCAGAAGUUUGUCCGAAUCAAACGGUGAUAAUUUCGUUUCCCGUUUCCAAGAAGACUUCGAGCUUGUGCAAUGCUUGGGUAAAGGCGGUUUCGGAGUGGUCUUUGAAGUUCGAAACAAAUUGGACGAUUGUAAUUAUGCCAUCAAACGAGUGGUUCUUCCCAAUCGGCAGGAAUCUAAAGAUCGAGUAAUGAGAGAAGUAAAAACACUUGCUCACUGUGAACACAACAAUAUCGUGCGAUAUUUUCAUGCAUGGACCGAGACUCCACCGCCAGGCUGGCAAGAGAAUCAGGAUAAAAUUUGGAUCCAACGCAACUGUUUGUCGACAUCGAUUGAUAUAGAAUCACCGACGGAGACAUCUCCGCCCAACAGUAAUCUAAUACCAACGAUCAACAGUAACUUUUCGCAGAGCAUCAAACAAAAGUACAACAAAUCGAGACAUUCCAGCUUGGGCCAACCGAUGCCAUGGCUAUCAAAAGUACCAGAGCCUAGCUUUUCCGGUUCCCGUGUUGAGGAUGAUCAAUCCGACAGCUUCAUCGAAUUCCGGGCAGAUCAUGCCCGCAGUGAAAGCAAUGACUCAUCGUUCCAAAUUGAGUUCAAACAUGACAGUCAAGCCGCAGCUGAUUCUGUCAACAUCGCCGUCAACGAUUCUUCACUGAGCGCUUCAUCUCAUGUGGUAUCAAUCGAGGAACCAACGGUAUCUUCUAUAAGUCGGCCCAUCAAGCCUGAAGUUGACCCGCGAAUACUUAAGAAACGUCACCGACGACACCUUUCGCUUGAUCUCACCAGCACUGGAAGCGUCGUUAGACCAUCACCCACUACCGAAAGCAACCAUAUGAUGGACCCCUCUAGUUCCAACGCUACAGGAACCAGCAACGUAAGCAAUAAAAUUUAUCUCUACAUUCAGAUGCAACUGUGUCGGAAGCAAUCACUGAAGGAAUGGCUUGCCGAAAACGAUCUCAGCGCUCGGCAGGAUCGCACUAUUUCCAUUUUCGAACAGAUUGUAAAUGCCGUCGAGUACGUCCACUUGAAAGGACUAAUACACCGAGAUCUCAAACCAAGUAACAUUUUCUUUUCGCUUGACGGGCGUGUUAAAAUCGGUGACUUCGGGCUGGUCACCGAUUCCAGUGAUUUGCAGUACGAUAAUGACAAUAAUCUUCCCGGAAUGACGAUGCUCAUGACGAAUGCGGCUGGCCAUCGGCAGCGCCACACCCGACAGGUUGGCACACAGCUGUACAUGUCGCCGGAGCAGCUCAAGGGUCAACAGUACGACUACAAGGUGGAUAUCUACUCACUCGGUUUGAUCUUGUUUGAGCUGCUGGUUAGCUUUGGAACCGAAAUGGAGCGAAUCGAUACAAUGAAAAAUGUACGCAAGAAUAAGUUUCCCGACGGGUUUCAGGAACAGUACUCCGACGAGUAUCAAUUGCUGAAACUAAUGCUGGCGGAGAAACCGAAUCACCGACCGACGACCUUUGGCAUCAAAGCUCGGCCACCGUUGAAACGCAUGCCGGCAAGCCGUUCGACACCGCAACUUCACUCGCAGUCAUCGGCCGAAGAUCCACCGUUGCUAGUGGGAGCCGGCAAUUCCCCGUCAUCCGAUUCGUCUGAUCACAGCGAAUGGCACUUUGAGCUACCACCCAGACGCAAGGAUAGCCGGUCCGUUAACACGACAACCUCAAGCUCCAAUAAUUCCGAACAGAAUCAGAAUCAAAUCUUCUUUUGAUUCCGACGGGUUUAGUUGCAGGAGAUCACAGUGGCCAAGGGCGCUGCUUAUUAAGUUAUUCACUGUUCUUAACAUAAGAAGACAGUUUAAGUUAAGUUGAUUACUUUGAUAAAACAAUUUAAGUAUCUCUUCCAGUUUAACGAUACCAAGUAUUAAACAUUUAUUUGAAAAGAACAGAAUCAAUUCUGGCUGGAUUUGUACUACUUAAAUUGUAAAAUA